GCAGGAGGAGAGAGACAUGCAGGCAGACGUGCAGGCAGCGCAACCUAGCGGACGCACUGAGUGCGGCGGCCGUGACGACACGUGUUCACAUACGUCACAGAUCCGACGCGAGACGACGAAGAACCGACGCAACGAGCUGCGAGGGGGCGCCACCGUGCCCAACCACUGGCUCUCGUCGUCGUCGGCGGCGGCGGCGGCGCUGCAGCAGCACGAGGACCACGUCGACAGCAUGAAACCGCCGGUGGUGGCGCCACGGUCGCGGCGCGCGCGUGGGGAGCGUCUUAUAAUCAACAUCAGCGGGCUUCACUUUGAAACGCGUACUCGCACGCUCUCCCGCUACCCGGAAACCCUCCUCGGCGACCCGGCGAAGCGACGUCGCUACUACGACGCUCUGCGCGACGAGUAUUACUUCGAUCGGCAUCGCCCGAGCUUCGACGCCAUCUUGCACUACUACCAGAGUCGCGGGCGACUGCAGCGCCCCCAGAACGUCCCCAUCGACGUCUUCACUGCGGAGAUUCGCUUCUUUCAACUCGGCGACGCGGUCCUGGAUAAGUAUGCGACGAGCGAGGGGCUGAUCAAGGACGUCGAAAAACCGAUGCCGAGUUCGCCACUGCAGCGCAAGAUCUGGCAGCUGUUCGAGUAUCCGGAGAGUUCCUUUCUCGCCCGCAUCGUGGCGCUGCUGUCCGUCACCGUCAUCAUCCUGUCGAUCUGCGUCUUCUGCGUGGAGACCCUCCCGAGUUUCGCGAAGUCCGCGUCCGCGAAUGCGACGCAAGACGGCAGUGUUCCGCCGCUGACGGAACUGCAACAGGCGUUCAACGAUCCGUUCUUUGUCAUCGAGACGGUGUGCGUCGCCUGGUUCGCUUUCGAACUCUUCAUGCGUUUCAUGUCUUCGCCUCGGAAGCUGAUCUUCGGCAAGUCCUUCAUGAACAUCAUAGACUUCGUCGCCAUCACGCCCUACUUUGUGACGCUCGGUAUCGCGAUCAUGAACAAGAAUGCGAACAUGGGCGCCAUGUCGCUCGCCGUUCUGCGAGUGUUCCGACUCGUGCGUGUUUUCCGCAUCUUCAAACUCUCGCGGCACUACAAGGGUUUGCAGGUGAUCGGACAGACGCUAAGCGCGAGCAUGCCAGAGUUGGGCCUCCUCAUCUUUUUCCUCCUCAUCGGAACUGUUCUCUUCUCGUCUGCCGUCUACUACGCCGAACAGGACUACAAAGAUACGAACUUCACGUCGAUACCGGCGGCGUUCUGGUGGGCGAUCGUUACCAUGACAACGAUCGGCUAUGGGGAUCUGGUGCCGAAGACCGAGUGGGGGAAGCUUGUGGGGACGCUGUGCGUCAUAUCCGGCGUGCUGACGAUCGCUCUUCCGGUCCCGAUCAUCGUUUCAAACUUCGACUACUACUAUCAUCGGCACCAGGAUCCGGACACGUUUCACAACCGGUCCGAGGAAGAGUCGGACGAGGACGAUGAUGAUGAUGAUGAUGA